AUGAAAAGUAUCAGAGUUAGUGGUGAUUUCGAUGACAAUAUAUACGGUGAAAUACUGAGUAGGCUGCCGGUUAAGUCACUCGUCAGGUUCAAAUGUGUAAGCAAAGGUUGGCAAUCGAUGAUUAGCAAUGACAAUUACUUUAUCGAUUUACAUCUUUCGCGAACAAAAACGCGCUCAUCUUCAUCAACAUUAUUCGUGAUAGUCCGCACAGCUGAAGAGAGGACUGUCGUUUCUAUGGAUCUAUUAAAUGAUGUACCUGCAGUUAUAAGAUUUCCAAUUCAGUUGACAAGACAGGAAGGGAUUCUCAAACCCGUUAAUGGUUUGAUCUGUUCCUACUAUAAGGAUUUUGAUCUUGGUCGCACUGCUGUUUGCAUAAGGAAUUUCAUGACCCGUGAAGAAACUCCCUGGAUUGAAGUACCAACGGAAAAUACGAAAAAGAAGGUUUAUUUUCAAACGAUAGAGCAUGGGUUCGGGUUCGACGUUACCACUAAAGAACACAAAGUGAUAUCCAUACGUCAAACACAUAUUAAAGCCUCAGGUAAAAUGUUUUGUUAUAUAGUUUGUAAGGUUAUGAAUGUAGGGAGGAAACAUUAUAGUGCGUGGAGAAUGAUAGAUGAUUUCCCGGCCUAUAUGAUCCAAGGUAAUGGAAUUUUUGUUAAUAGGUCUUUAUAUUGGCUGGGUAGAAAUAGUAUUCCCACAUCAAACUGUCAGAACAAGUCACAUACUAAAUACAUUGGUCGAUUAUCCCAAGUCAUUGUUGCGUUUGAUGUUCCAACGGAACAAUUCAGGUCAAUACCCAUUCCAAAUUUCAUCAUGAAUCAAACUGACGGCAUGUAUAGUUUUAAAUCCCGAAUAGUUUAUAUAAUAGAAGUGGAUGGACAUAUAGCACUAAUUGACCAAUUAGAGAACAUCCAGAUUGCCAAGUUGUGGAUAUUUGAUGAAGAUGGUAGUGGCCACCAGAAGAUUGCUGCAAAUGCUACUAUUGGUAGUAGAGAUGGCAAUUGGAUUGAAGAGACAAUUUUGAUGCCUUUCGGUCAUUCAGAAUUGUACCUUUACUUCUUUGAGUCCAUUACGGGUACAAAUAAGCUUGUUAUACGAAUGUCAAUGGUUAAUACAACCUUCUAUACUCUUUAUCUUUACGACCGGGAAAAUAAGACUUUUAUGCAGGUUGAAAUCAGUGGAAUGCCGAGGAAUAUAUGUGCUCCCUCCGACCUAGUGGCAAAUUUUACCGAAAGUCUUUUACCAGUUCCAAAGAAGCAGCAAGAACAGUAA